GGCAGAGCACACUGAUCUGCCUUUUUACUGCUAGACCUGUGUGCUGUGAGGAGCUAAGGCCUUAGUGUCCCCUUCCUUACCCAGGUUACUCACAAAAUGGAUUCCCAGCGGGAACUCGCAGAGGAACUGCGGCUUUACCAAUCCACCCUUCUUCAGGAUGGUCUAAAAGAUCUCCUGGAUGAGAAAAAAUUCAUCGAUUGCACCCUAAAAGCAGGUGACAAAAGUCUUCCUUGCCACAGAUUGAUUUUGUCAGCUUGUAGUCCUUACUUCCGUGAGUAUUUUUUAUCUGAAAUUGAUGAGGCGAAAAAAAAGGAGGUAGUACUAGAUAAUGUGGAUCCUGCUGUACUGGAUUUAAUCAUUAAGUACCUAUACUCUGCCAGUAUUGAUCUCAACGACGGAAACGUGCAAGAUAUUUUUGCAUUGGCCAGCCGCUUUCAGAUCCCCUCCGUGUUCACGGUCUGCGUUUCUUAUCUUCAGAAAAGACUUGCUCCUGGUAACUGUCUAGCUAUUCUAAGAUUAGGACUUCUUCUUGACUGCCCGAGACUUGCCAUCUCUGCCCGUGAAUUUGUGUCUGAUCGCUUUGUACAGAUUUGUAAGGAAGAGGACUUCAUGCAACUGUCUCCGCAGGAGCUGAUCUCAGUCAUUUCCAAUGACAGCCUAAAUGUAGAAAAGGAAGAAGCAGUAUUUGAGGCAGUGAUGAAAUGGGUGCGAACAGACAAAGAAAAUAGGGUUAAAAACCUUAGCGAAGUGUUUGAUUGUAUUCGUUUUCGCCUUAUGACAGAAAAAUAUUUUAAAGAUCAUGUUGAAAAAGAUGAUAUAAUUAAAAGCAACCCAGAACUCCAGAAAAAAAUCAAAGUUCUCAAAGAUGCCUUUGCAGGCAAACUCCCAGAACCUAGCAAAAACACAGAGAAGGCUGGGGCUGGUGAGGUGAACGGUGAUGUUGGUGAUGAAGAUUUGCUUCCUGGUUACCUGAAUGAUAUUCCCAGGCAUGGAAUGUUUGUCAAGGACCUCAUCCUCUUGGUUAAUGACACAGCUGCUGUGGCUUACGAUCCCACGGAAAAUGAAUGCUACCUUACUGCGCUGGCUGAGCAGAUCCCCAGAAAUCAUUCCAGCAUCGUUACCCAACAAAAUCAGGUGUAUGUGGUAGGAGGGCUGUAUGUGGAUGAAGAAAAUAAAGAUCAGCCCCUACAGUCCUACUUCUUCCAGCUUGAUAAUGUAGCAUCUGAGUGGGUUGGACUCCCACCUCUGCCUUCAGCUAGGUGUCUCUUCGGUCUGGGAGAGAUAGAUGACAAAAUCUAUGUAGUUGCAGGCAAAGACCUUCAAACAGAGGCUUCUCUGGAUACAGUAUUAUGCUAUGAUCCUGCGGCAGCCAAAUGGAAUGAAGUUAAAAAGCUUCCUAUCAAAGUCUAUGGCCAUAGUGUGAUUUCACAUAAGGGGAUGAUAUAUUGUCUUGGAGGAAAGACAGAUGAUAAAAAAUGUACAAACAGAGUGUUUAUCUACAACCCCAAAAAAGGAGAUUGGAAAGAUCUGGCUCCAAUGAAAAUCCCUCGUUCCAUGUUUGGAGUGGCAGUCCAUAAAGGCAAAAUUGUGAUUGCUGGAGGUGUCACUGAAGACGGUCUUUCAGCUUCAGUUGAAGCUUUUGACCUCAACACCAAUAAGUGGGAAGUAAUGACUGAAUUUCCCCAAGAGAGAAGUUCCAUCAGUUUGGUCAGCUUGGCUGGAUCCCUGUAUGCUAUCGGUGGUUUUGCCAUGAUUCAGCUGGAAUCUAAAGAAUUUGCACCCACUGAAGUCAAUGACAUAUGGAAGUAUGAAGACGAUAAAAAAGAAUGGGCUGGGAUGCUGAAGGAAAUACGUUAUGCUUCAGGAGCCAGUUGCCUAGCAACACGGUUAAAUCUCUUCAAACUGUCUAAGCUAUAAACAAGAAGGUGAAAAACAUAAUAGAUAGGGAGGUGGUCUGUUUGGAUAAUAGGGCCUUAAUUUAUUGUUUUUAAAAAGCCUAUACAGAGAUUCCAUGUAGAAAUUACUGUGUUACUGUCCAAGAGAUUAGCAGUGGGCAUCAAAACCUCAAAGUUAUUGAAUCUUCAAUAUAACAAUCAGAGCUUAAAAAAGUAAUAAAUAUUAAAUUGAACAGAUUAUUUCUCUUGUUAAUCUGUCUCAAUCAAUUAUAAAGGAGCUUCCUAAAUUUGAGUUUAUUGAUCCUUUCAUUUGCAUUGUUAAAGUGCCUUUACACUCCUUUUUCUAUUAUAAAUGAAACUGGAGAAUGAAAUAUGUACAUUUACAUUAAAAAAAAUUUUUAAUAGCAAAAACCUUUCUUCAUGCUUCAAGAUAUAAUAAGAACCCUGUGCAAUAUAUUAAAGAUUAUAUGCUGUGAGAAAACUUUGGAAAUGGAAUAAAUGGAUUUCAUUUGAAUUUUAAAUUUAAAACCAGUAAAUCAGUCUUCAAGUCCUUAACUGCAGUAUCUGUAGUAGAAGGAUUGGGAGGCAAUCUUAGGAAAAGGAUUGAUUCCUUAACUGCUGGGGCAGAAUUUGGGGCCAGCGGGUGGUAUGGAGAAAGGUGUGUAUUCAUUGCUUUGAGUUUUAUCUAUACUUUAAAGAGCUACCUAUUUGCAAAUUUCUGAUAGAAGAAGGAUGACUGUAUUAUUCUAUUUUCUGGGAUGUAAAACCCUACAUUCAAGUUGUUUGUUCUUAGCAUACACAGUAAGAUGACAUCUCGGUCUGUCCAAAACCAUUACAUUCUAUUGUCUGCAAGUCAUGAACUAAUCAUCGCUUAUGGGUCUCAUGUGCUUUCACAGACAUAUUUGACUUCUAGCCUUACAUGUGUUAUUUUCUGAGAGGCCUGACUUGGAACUGACUUGGAGUAUUCCAUUAUUACUUGUUAAGCAACUGCAUAAAAAGAUGAAUGUUCAUAUUCAUAAAAUAAAGCUAUAGCUUUAUUUUCUGCAUCAUAAAUAUGGAAACAUUCAAUAAAAUUCAGUCUUACUAUGGA